AUGACACAAAUGGCUGACGGCAACAGGGGCGAGCCGACGGGCGGGAUGAUCAAAGUCGACGGCAAGAUUGACGCGUACCUGGCCAAGGCGUCGUCCGAGGCCAAGGCGCGCAAGGGCUGCGGCAUCCUCUACCUGCCCGACGUCAUCGGCAUCUGGCAGAACAGCAAGCUCAUGGCCGACAGCUUUGCCGCCAACGGCUACACGACGCUCGUGCUGGACCUCUUCAACAGCGACCCGAUGCCGCUCAACAGGCCCGACGGCUUCGACUUUGCCAAGUGGAUGCAGCACGGCUCUGACGGCAAGAACCCGCACACGACCGAGGCCGUCGACCCCAUUGUCGUGGCCGGCAUCAAGGCCAUGCGAGACCUGGGUAUCACCAAGAUUGCCGCCGUGGGCUACUGCUUCGGCGCCAAGUACGUCGUGCGUCACUACAAACACGGCAUCGACUGCGGCUUCGUCGCGCACCCCUCGUUUGUCGACGAGGACGAGCUCGCAGCCAUCGGCGGCCCGCUGUCCAUUGCCGCUGCUGAGACGGACGCCAUCUUCCCGGCCGACAAGCGGCACCGGUCCGAGGAUAUUCUCUUCAAGACUAAGAAGCCCUAUCAGAUCAACCUGUACUGCGGCGUCGAACAUGGCUUCGCCGUGCGAGGGGCUGCCGACGUCAAGGUGCAGAGGUUCGCCAAGGAGCAGGCGUUGAAACAGGCCAUCACCUGGUUUGACGUGUUUCUCGAUGACGCCUGA